AUGACCAUCGACACAGACAAACUCCACACUCACAAUAUGGGCUUCAUGCCCUUCCCCUCUCGCCGUUCCACGGUAUUCAGCGCCAAGGGAAUGAUAGCCACCUCGCAACCACUUGCCGCGCAGGCUGGCCUCGAAAUCCUCAAUCAAGGCGGCAACGCCGCCGACGCAGCAGUCGCCACAGCAGCGGCGAUGAACGUGUGCGAGCCGACAGCCACUGGAAUCGGGGGAGACGCCUUCUGUCUCUAUUACGACGCCGCGACCAAGAAGGUCCACGCGGUGAAUGGGAGUGGGCGCGCGCCCGCCGCUCUUACGCUGCAGUACCUGAGAGAGAGAGGGAUAGGGGAAAAGAUCCCCCUCACAGAUAUCAACAGCGUCACUUGUCCCGGAACGGCCGCGGCUUGGUGUACGACGCUCGACAAGUUUGGGACUAAAGACUUGAAGGAAGUGUUGGCGCCGGCCAUACGGAUGGCGAAAGAGGGCGUGCCAGUGCACGAGCUUAAUGCUGAGGCUUGGAAGAUCCAGGAGGACCAUGUCAAGGGGGCGAGUGAGAACUGGCGCGAAAUGAUGAUGCCAGACGGAAACGCGCCGCUCCCAGGCCAAAUCAUGACGCACCCCGAGCUCGCAGCGACAUUCGAAUCACUCGCAACCCAUGGUCAUGACGGCUUCUACAAGGGUCGCAUUGCGCGCGCCAUCGUCGACCUAGUCGCCUCAAAAGGCGGCCUGCUGACGCUGGACGACCUCUCAGCCACGACAGCGGACGUAGUCGAGCCGAUCAAGUAUGAUUUCCUCUCCUCGGACACAGACCCGGGAAUCAGUCUGUGGGAGUGUCCGCCGAACGGGCAGGGUCUUACGGCGCUGGUCGCGCUGGGGAUCGUAGAAGCGGUCAAGGACGUACAUGGCGUCGAUGUACUUGAACUGGAACUCAACGGCGUCCAGUAUUUACACGUCCUGAUCGAGGCGCUGAGGCUCGCUUUUGCCGAUACGCAAUACUACGUGACGGAUCCCGAGUUCGAACACGUUCCCGUCGCCCAACUCCUCUCUAAACCGUACCUCCGAGCCCGCGCUGAGCUCAUCAACCUAUCCAAAGCGACCCCUGUGGAACACGGUAACCCCACCUCUUCAAGCGACACGAUCUACUUAACCACCUCGGAUAUCCACGGCAACGCCUGUUCCUUCAUCCAGAGCAACUAUGCUGGCUUUGGGACGGGCGCCAUUCCAAAGGGAUGUGGGUUCACCCUCCAAAAUCGGGGAUCGAACUUUACCCUUCGUGAGGGGCAUCCCAAUAAUAUCGAGGGCGGCAAGAGGCCAUACCAUACUAUCAUACCCGCCAUGCUCACCCGAGGUGGGGAGUUGGUCGCGGCAUAUGGUGUCAUGGGCGGGUUCAUGCAGCCACAGGGACACCUCCAGGUCCUGCUUAAUGUGCUGAGGGGCCUUAGUCCACAGCAUAGUCUCGAUGCGCCGCGGUUCUGUAUUUCGGCGGGAUUGCCGGAUCCAACCAAGAAGGAGAAGGAGGGGAGUGCGGGGCGGGUGGAUUCCGAGAUUUGGUUCGAGGAGGGGAUUGACGCCGAUGUCGUUCAGGCCCUCCGAGACAUGGGCCACCAGUGCGAAGUUGCACGCGGAUUCGCUCGCAAGAUUGCCGGGCGCGGACAGAUGGUCGCCGCCAUACGUGACCCGAGUGGCCGUAACGUCUGGGCGGGCGGGAGCGACAUGCGCGGUGACGGGUGUGCUGUGGGCCAGAUCUAG